AUGAAGAUUUUAUAUCUCAGUGUGUUAGCAACUUGUGCGUGGACGUCCGAGUCACUCAUACGGUAUGAUACACAGCAGAUAUGUUUUUAAUAACAUUUCUAGUUCAUUUAUAAAACAUGUGCAUUAUUAACUGCAUUAGUAAUGUGUGGUUUGCAACUGAACAUUACCUAAAUUAUGCAGUAAUUCUAUAUGAAUUAUGUAGAAAUAAAAAUAGAUUGCUGGAGAUCUGUAUAAAAGUAUACUGCUUAAAACAUUAUUACUUGUUCAUACUUAGUGAAGGCUUGAUAAAGGUCCUAGAGGCACUGAGAAGAUCCUUAUGUCCUGUACCUUUUUUGUUGAUUUUGCUAUCCAGUAUUCCCCUCACAAAGUUUAAGUCCUUGAGGCAAUCUAUGUCUGACUCAGAGAGGGAUUUCAGUAAUCUAUUCCAUGAUUCCUACUCCGACACCUUUGACGACGAUGACGCCAGUGGGCCCAGCAAAGUGGCUCUGAGGAACUAUGUUGAUGUAAGGGUCUGCCCGCCUUAUGCACAGUAUAAGUCAUAUAAAAGUCCUAUUUCAUUUGCACAGUAAGGGGCCUUAUGCACAGUAACUCAAGUCAUACUUCGCCCAUUAUGCAUUAAUCAUUGUGCAUUGGUUUUGAUAUAUCUUCUUCAUCGUUGAUGUGAUUGUGUCUCCAGGCUCAGUUCUAUGGAGAGAUUAGUCUAGGAACCCCACCUCAAAUGUUCAGGGUGACCUUUGACACUGGAUCCAACGAUCUCUGGGUGCCCUCUUCCAAGUGCUCCGUCGCUGACAUCACAUGCUGUAAGUCUCAUCAUGCAUUGUGCACAUGGGUAGCAUUUUCUCAGACUAUUCCCUGUAGCAUAUACACUGAAUGUACAAUUCUUUUUUACUCUAGGAAUAUCAUGUAUAUUAUAUGAUACUGCAAUUUAAUGUUAGCACAGUCAGAGUCUAGGAAAGUAAAAGGCAUAUGGAAAUAUACACUGAGUGUACAAAAAAUUAAGAACACUGCUAUUUCCAUGACAUAGACUGACCAGGUAAAUCCAGGUGAAAGCUAUGAUCCCUUAUUGAUGUCACCUAUUAAGUCCACUUCAGUCAGUCUAGAUGAAGGGGAGGAGACAAGGUAAAGAAGGAUUUUUAAGCAUUGAGACAAUUCAAAUAUGGGUUGUGUAUGUGUGCUAUUCAGAGGGUGAAUGGGCAAGACAAAAUAUUUAAGUGCCUUUGAACGGGUCAUGGUAGUAGGUGCCAGGCGCACCGGUUUGAGUGUGUCAAUAACUGCAACGCUGCUGGGUUUUUCACACUCAACAUUUCCUGUAUGUAUCAAGAAUGGUCCACCACCCAAAGGACAUCCAGCCAACUUGACACAACUGUGGGCAUUGGAGUCAACAUGGGCCAGCAUCCCUGGGGAACGCUUUCGACACCUUCUAGAGUCCAUGCCCCGAUGAAUUGAGGCUGUUCUGAGGGCAAAAGGGGGUGCAACUCAAUAUUAGGAAGGUGUUUCUAAUGUUUUGCACACUCAGUGUAUAUUUGGAGUAAAUGGAUAUAAGGUUUAAAAAGAAAGAGAGACCAAACCCAAGGGCGAUUUAAUGUCUGAGUGACAUUUAUGUCAAUAUUAGGAAUAAACAUUGUGAAUUGUGACUUAAUGUCUUAGCUAGUUGUUUGUUCAGAAAAUACAAUUUCAAACUGAUGAUGUACAGUGGCUUGCGAAAGUAUUCACCCCCCUUGGCAUUUUUCCUAUUUUGUUGCCUUACAACCUGGAAUUAAAAUUGAUUUUUUGGGGGUUUGUAUCAUUUGAUUUACACAACAUGCCUACCACUUUGAAGAUGCAAAAUAUGUUUUAUUGUGAAACAAACAAGAAAUAAGACAAAAAAACAGAAAACUUGAGCGUGCAUAACUAUUCACCCCCCCAAAGUCAAUACUUUGUAGAGCCACCUAUUGCAGCAAUUACAGCUGCAAGUCUCUUGGGGUAUGUCUCUAUAAGCUUGGCACAUCUAGCCACUGGGAUAUUUGCCCAUUCUUCAAGGCAAAACUGCUCCAGCUCCUUGAAGUUGGAUGGGUUCCGCUGGUGUACAGCAAUCUUUAAGUCAUACCACAGAUUCUCAAUUGCAUUGAGGUCUGGGCUUUGACUAGGCCAUUCCAAGACAUUUAAAUGUUUCCCCUUAAACCACUCAAGUGUUGCUUAAGCAGUAUGCUUAGGGUCAUUGUACUGCUGGAAGGUGAACCUCCGUCCCAGUUUCAAAUCUCUGGAAGACUGAAACAGGUUUCCCUCAAGAAUUUCCCUGUAUUUAGCGUCAUCCAUCAUUCCUUCAAUUCUGACCAGUUUCCCAGUCCCUGCCAAUGAAAAACAUCCCCACAGCAUGAUGCUGCCACCACCAUGAUUCACUGUGGGGAUGUUGUUCUCGGGGUGAUGAGAGGUGUUGGGUUUGCGCCAGACAUAGCAUUUUCCUUGAUGGUCAAAAAGCUCAAUUUUAGUCUCAUCUGACCAGAGUACCUUCUUCCAUAUGUUUGGGAGUCUCCCACAUGCCUUUUGGCGAACACCAAACAUGUUUGCUUAUUUUUUUCUUUAAGCAAUGGCUUUUUUCUAACCACUCUUCCGUAAAGCCCAGCUCUGUGGAGUGUACAACUUAAAGUGGUCCUAUGGACAUAUACUCCAAUCUCCACUGUGGAGCUUUGUAGCUCCUUCAGUGUUAUCUUUGGUCUCUUUGUUGCCUCUCUGAUUAAUGACAACUUUGUCCCUGAACUGUUUGGAGAGCCGCUUGCUUGGUGGUUCCCCUUGCUUAGUGGUGUUGCAGACUCUGGGGCCUUUCAGAACAGGUGUAUAUAUACUGAGAUCAUGUGACAGAUCAUGUGACACUUAGAUUGCACAUAGGUGGACUUUAUUUAACUAAUUAUGUGACUUCUGAAGGUAAUUGGUUGCACCAGAUCUUAUUUAGGGGCUUCAUAGCAAAGGGGGUGAAUACAUAUGCACGCACCACUUUGCCAUUACUUAUUUUAUAGAAUUUCUUUGAAACAAGUUAUUUUUUUCAUUCCACUUCACCAAUUUGGACUAUUUUGUGUAUGUCCAUUACAUGAAAUCCAAAUAAAAAUCCAUUUAAAUUACAGGUUGUAAUGCAACAAAAUAGGAAAAACGGCAAGGGGGAUGAAUACUUUUGCAAGGCACCGUCUGUUUAACGUUGUAUUGCAGUGAUUCACAGGAAAUACAAUGAUACCAAGUCCAGCACAUAUGUCAAGGGUGGAAAAUACUUUUCAAUGCAUUAUGGACUGGGAAGUGUAACCGGGUAUCUCAGCCAGGAUACAUGCACAGUAAGUUUGGAAAGGAGGAGAAAUGAACUGUUGUCACUGACAGAUGAUAUAGUUUUAAAUCGUCUUCUUUGCUCUUCUGUCAGAUUGGAAGUGUAUCCGUAAAAGAUCAGGUGUUUGGUGAGGCCGUCAAGAUAUAUGGAGCGAACUUCGUUGGUGCUAGGUUCGAUGGAGUUCUGGGUAUGUCUUACCCAACGGAUGAUGCCAUGAGCCCUGUCUUUGACAACAUAAUGAGAGAGAAGUUGUUGGCGGAGAAUGUUUUCUCCUUCUACCUCAACCACAGGUGAGUGGCGAUAGUGAAGUGGAACACAGAUCAUUAUUGUAUUUUAUACCUAUUUAUCCAGAAAGUCCCAUUGAGCAGAAUAACUGUAAGUUAACAUGGCAGUUUUAGAAAUCUACUUGUACCACUGGAAAUGUACUGUAGAUGCUGUCUUCUGAUGGGCACUACUGUUCUGUGACAGGAUCUCCUCCAACCAGCCAGGGGGACAGCUAGUGCUGGGAGGGACUGACCCUGCAUACUACACUGGGGACUUCCACUAUGUCAACGUCACCACAAAGGACCUCUGGAACAUCCACAUGGACGGGUUAGUGCUGCUAGCCAGUGUUUUUUUUUAUUUUAAAGUAACUGUCCAGUGUUUCCAGAUUUCUAUGAAAUAUGACCUAUAAUUAAUUACAAUAUGUGUGAAAACAUUUUUGUCCCCAAAAAUUGUAAUUAAGUAUAUUUAAAAUAAACUUUUCUGUUUUGGAAGGGUAUCGGCAUAUCCCAACAACAGAAUGGUGUUGGUGUAUACCGGUCUGUUGUGUUCAGUAAUAUGGUGUCGUAGCUCAGUUGAGUAUUGAAUACUGUUGCUUUAAGAAUGUAUCAGUCAUAUUGUCCAUGCACAGAGGUGUGAGGUUUGGAUAGGUGAGUUUGUACGAGAUGUUAACAUGUUGAUCUGAAGUAAAGAUGUUCAGUUUAAUUGCACAAAAAGCCUCAGUGCAUUUGGCGAGGAGGAUGGCCGAGUUUAGCUUACCUCCACAAUCUCCAUCGGUCUUGGGAGAUCCACCUGUUCCAUGGAAUCGCUGGUUUCAAUCCUUUUUUUUUAAAUUUAACUAGGCAAGUCAGUUAAGAACAAAUUCUUAUUUACAAUGACGGCCUACACCGGCCAAACCCGGACGACACUGGGCGCCGCCCUAUGGGACCCCGAAUCACGGCCGGUUGUGAUACAGCCUGGAAUCGAACCAGGGGGUCUGUAGUGACGCCUCAAGCACUGAGAUGCAGUGCCUUAGACCGCUGCACCACUCGGGAGCCCAGAUGUAUAUGGUAGUUAUCAAUCUGCAUGGAGCUGCACAAACGGGCGAUUCUACUCCACUGUCUCGGUGCUGAGGGACAAUAUGUCAUCUCCACUCUAAAGCCAGUAGAUAACAAGUUUACAUCGGCGGUCCAAGCUCUCUUGGAACACUACAGUGGCUCACGUAGUGUGAUCAUGCAUAGUUUUCUCUUUAGACAAUGAGCCCAACUGCUGGGUGAGUCCGUAGCACAGUUUGUCUCCUCCUUGAGAGAGCUAGUGGGACCACUCGAAAACGAAUUUGUACGUGAUCAGUUCAUUGAAAAAUCGUCAUGUGCUCCACUGAGGGAGAAAUUGUUGUUAGAGACCGAAGAGCUGACACUGGAGAAAGCACUGGAAAACAAAUGGAAGUUGCUCUCGCUGACCUACAUAAACUACAGAGCGCAUCUCAGUGGGCGGGGCUUCACACACUGGCUGAGGCACCAGUGCAAAAUGAGCAGGAAACCACUGUGGGGCUUCAUUGUUCUAAUUGUGGCUCCAGUGGGCAUGCUACAAGAGCAUCUCCAUGUCCAGCAAAAGGGCAACGCUGCAAGAACUGCAACAAAUACAAUCCUUUUGCCCAUUGUUGUCGUUCAGCAGCGGCAGGACAGCAUCGAGCAGAUGCAGGUCAAAGUUCACCAGUCUCCAUUAACUCUGUACAUGAUGACUCAGUUGCGGCCAAGCAAUGUGACUGCUACAUUGAGGGUGUUAAAACCUCACUGGUGAUUGACACUGGAGAAAAAGUGUCACUUUUGAACAAAGCCACUUAUGACUCAUUCUUCUCACAUGUGCCACUGCAGAGACCAGCAGUAUCCCUCUACAGCUACAACCACACACCGAUCUCAAUCAUUGGGACUGUCUCACUGUCAGUCUGUUACAACAACAAAACCACACCGGCCACCCAGUUCUACGUUGCAACAGAUGGCGCUAACAUCCUCAGACUGGACUUAUUUCAUGCCCUAGGGUUCAAGUUGUCAGAUUCAACUGGUGCACGUGUGCAGCACUUUCCUACACCAGUGCCUACGGAGUACUCACAACUUUCUGAGGUGCUAGUUCACCUCAUCGGCCUACAGUCAACAAAGAGGUCAAGCCAGUAAUCUAGCCAUUGCGGAGGGUUCCGCUGACCCUUCGGAAGCCCAUUGACAACGGACUUGACAACCUCCUUGACACCUCACCAUGGGUCUCAAACCUGGUCAUUGCACUCAAGAAAAAUAGCGAUCUUCAAAUUUGCAUGGACCUCAGGGCCGUGAACAAAGCGAUUAUCUCCGACAAGGACCCGCUACCAACCGCUGAGGAGCUCACAACCCAUUUUUAUGGGUCCACGUUAUUCAGUAAAUUAGACCUGAGGCAGGGAUCCCUCCAGGUUCCCCUGGCACAUGACAGGGGGCUGUUCAGGUACAAACGCAUGCCAUUCUGACUCAGCUCCACGCCCAGCUGAUUCCAGAAGAUUAUGACUCUUCUCCUGGCAGGCAUCCCUGGAGUGUAAAUCUGUUUGGAUGACAUUGUGGUACACUGUGCAUCACAGACAGAGCACAAUUCUCACUUGCAGCAGGUGUUUUGUCAGCUCUUCGAGAUCGGGGCCAGACUCAACACAGAAAAGUGUGUGUUCGGGGUGUCAGACGUUGAGUUCCUUGGAUACAUCACCCCCAUCCUGUCCCAUAGUGGUCCUCUGUAGCUCAGCUGGUAGAGCAUGGCGCUUGUAACGCCAAGGUAGUGGGUUCGAUCCCCGGGACCACCCAUACACAAAAAUGUAUGCACGCAUGACUGUAAGUCGCUUUGGAUAAAAGCGUCUGCUAAAUGGCAUAUUAUUAUUAUUAUUCUCACCUUACCUGAGCCUCAGUCCGCAGCACAGCUGGCAUCAUUCCUCGGCAAGGCAACAUACUACUUACAGUUUCUUCCAAGCUACGCUGUGACGUUCAGUUUAAUUGCACAACAAGCCUCCAUUCAUUUGUAACAUGGUCAUUAAAAAUAUUCAUGCGAGUAGUCCGCUGAUUGGCCAGCUCAUCCUCCAUGAGGAAAUAGCAAGCAUUUGAGGAAAUAGCAAGCAUUUUUUUAAACGGUCUGUUUGAGAGACAAGUUUGAGGUGGGGUUUUUGAAGUGUUUUCUUUCUCCAAUUUAUGCUUUGGCCACAAAUACAAGUAUAGGAUGAGUCAACAACAUUAUCUGGCUAUGAGUUAACAGAAUAUUAACUUUUAAAAGCUAGAUUUUCAUGGGACAGUCAUUAGGGUGUACACCCACUCUGCCCAGAGUGGGUGAAAACGUGCAUUGGUGAUGACAUUUCACUUCCUUAUGUUAUAAAAUACAUUUUACAGAGACAAAUAUGAUUCUUCAUGUUCUGAAUCGUUCAGUGGGAUCUAUCUCUAACAUAUCGUUAACAUUAUAUACAAAAAGUCCAAUUUCGGAACUGCAUACAUCCGAUAAAAUGCACCGAGCUCUGUCGCCGAAACCUUUGAGUAUUUUACAUUUUGAGAAUGUACAAGUUGUUUCUGCUAAAUUAGCAUGGCACGAGCUGAAAUAAACUAAAAGGCUUUGAAAAUAAAAAAGCUUGCAGUACGCUCAAUGCUAAUUUCCCGAUUUUUGACCCCGCUUUUACUCCAAUAGAAAUUCAACGGAUUAUGAUAGAGAUAUGAGGUUUGGACCAUUGGUUUUGUUAGAGAGUUAUUUACACAAUUUACAUAUUAUUUUAGCCAUUGGUCAGAAGAUGCGUUUUUGAUUGGACACAUGUUAAGUGUUGGUCCCAUGUUUCAUGAGCUGAAAUAAAAGAUCCCCUGAGGAUCUGAGGAGUAUUUCUGUCUGUAAUAAAGCCCUUUUGUGUGGAGAAACGUAUUCUGAUUGGCUGGGCCUGACUCCCCAGUGAGUGGGCCUAUGCCCUCCCAGGCCCACCCAUGGCUGGGCUCCUGCCCAGUCAUGUGACAUCCAUAGAUUAAGGCCUAAUUAAUAUAUAUCAAUUGACUGAUUUCCUUGUCUGAACUGUAACUCGUUGAAUCGUUGAAAUUGUUGCGUUAAUAAUUUUGUUCAGUAUAUUUCUCUAACUAAAUAUUUGGGUGUCUUUGGCAGUUUGAACGUUGGGGAGGAUGUCAAGCUGUGUAAAGGUGGCUGUGAGGCCGUAGUGGACACUGGCACCUCCCUGAUCCUAGGUCCUUAUGAUGAGAUCAGUGCUCUGCAGAAGGCUGUCGGAGCUGUGUCCUGGAACCGUGGAAAGGUAGAACAUGACAGAUGACAGAGACUAGAAUCUCCUAUUACUCUCUAUCUCUUCUCUCUAUCUCCCUAAUCCUUUUGAAAAUGCAUACCAACCGACGAGUAUAUCGUCCUGGUAUCUACCAAACCCAAGGGAGUAAAAAUAAUUGUAAUCAUGAUGCUAAAUAGGUCCUCGAAUAGCCAUUUCACAACUCUCUAGCGAUUCUAUUGACAUUGAAGCAUGUUAGCUGUGAGAGGGUAGUCUGACUGUUGUUAAACGCUAGCUGUCAUUUCCCUGUUGUUUCACAGUACACGGUUGACUGUGAGAAAGUGUCCUCCCUCCCCACCGUCUCCUUCGCUGUCAGUGGAAAGGUCUACCCUCUGACUGGAGAACAUUAUAUUCUCAGGGUAAGUACAGUAUAUACAGUGGGGAAAAAAGUAUUUAGUCAGCCACCAAUUGUGCAAGUUCUCCCACUUAAAAAGAUGAGAGAGGCCUGUAAUUUUCAUCAUAGGUACACGUCAACUAUGACAGACAAAAUGAGAAUUUUUUUCUCCAGAAAAUCACAUUGUAGGAUUUUUAAUGAAUUUAUUGGCAUAUGAUGGUGGAAAAUAAGUAUUUGGUCAAUAACAAAAGUUUCUCAAUACUUUGUUAUAUGCCCUUUGUUGGCAAUGACACAGGUCAAACGUUUUCUGUAAGUCUUCACAAGGUUUUCACACACUGUUGCUGGUAUUUUGGCCCAUUCCUCCAUGCAGAUCUCCUCUAGAGCAGUGAUGUUUUGGGGCUGUCGCUGGGCAACACAGACUUUCAACUCCCUCCAAAGAUUUUCUAUGGGGUUGAGAUCUGGAGACUGGCUAGGCCACUCCAGGACCUUGAAAUGCUUCUUACGAAGCCACUCCUUCGUUGCCCUGGCGGUGUGUUUGGGAUCAUUGUCAUGCUGAAAGACCCAGCCACGUUUCAUCUUCAAUGCCCUUGCUGAUGGAAGGAGGGUUUCACUCAAAAUCUCACGAUACAUGGCCCCAUUCAUUCUUUCCUUUACACGGAUCAGUCGUCCUGGUCCCUUUGCAGAAAAACAGCCCCAAAGCAUGAUGUUUCCAACCCCAUGCUUCACAGUAGGUAUGGUGUUCUUUGGAUGCAACUUAGCAUUCUUUGUCCUCCAAACAUGACGAGUUGAGUUUUUACCAAAAAGUUAUAUUUUGGUUUCAUCUGACCAUAUGACAUUCUCCCAAUCCUCUUCUGGAUCAUCCAAAUGCACUUCAGACGGGCCUGGACAUGUACUGGCUUAAGCAGGGGGACACGUCUCGCACUGCAGGAUUUGAGUCCCUGGCGGCGUAGUGUGUUACUGAUGGUUGGCUUUGUUACUUUGGUCCCAGCUCUCUGCAGGUCAUUCACUAGGUCCCCCCGUGUGGUUCUGGGAUUUUUGCUCACCGUUCUUGUGAUCAUUUUGACCCCACGGGGUGAGAUCUUGCGUGGAGCCCCAGAUCGAGGGAGAUUAUCAGUGGUCUUGUAUGUCUUCCAUUUCCUAAUAAUUGCUCCCACAGUUGAUUUCUUCAAACCAAGCUGCUUACCUAUUGCAGAUUCAGUCUUCCCAGCCUGGUGCAGGUCUACAAUUUUGUUUUUGGUGUCCUUUGACAGCUCUUUGGUCUUGGCCAUUGUAAAGUUUGGAGUGUGACUGUUUGAGGUUGUGGACAGGUGUCUUUUAUACUGAUAACAAGUUCAAACAGGUGCCAUUAAUACAGGUAACGAGUGGAGGACAGAGGAGCCUCUUAAAGAAGAAGUUACAGGUCUGUGAGAGCCAGAAAUCUUGCUUGUUUGUAGGUGACCAAAUACUUAUUUUCCACCAUAAUUUGCAAAUAAAUUCAUUAAAAAUCCUACAAUGUGAUUUUCUGGAUUUUUUUUUCUCAAUUUGUCUGUCAUAGUUGACGUGUACCUAUGAUGAAAAUUACAGGCCUCUCUCAUCUUUUUAAGUGGGAGAACUUGCACAAUUGGUGGCUGACUAAAUACUUUUUUCCCCCACUGUAUAGUAUAUCAGGCAGUUUGUAGAGAAAACGAAAUGCACUAUAUGGUACUGUAAUGUUAGCACAGUCAGAGUCUAGGAAAGUAAAAGGCAUAUGGAAAUAUAAAGUGGAAUAAUUUAGCAUCAUUAUAGAAUAGAAACCUUGUUAGCAUAUCAGUAGAUGUCACUGGUGCUCCUUCUUACCUUCUUAACUGUGUGUGUGUGUGUGUGUGUGUGUGUGUGUGUGUGUGUGUGUGUGCGGGCGUGCGCACGUGCAUGAACAGUGGACUAGUAAGGGCAAGAAAGUCUGCCUUUUAGGAUUUUUCGCCACAGGCUUCCCUGGCUGGACUCUGGGAGAUGUCUUCAUUGGAGCUUACUACA